CCGAUGAGAGGAUCUCGUCGCCUCUCAGGUGCCUGAGUGCGCAGCCGCUGCACGCGGCGGAAGAGCAGGCAGUGUAACGGGGGGGUUGGUUACAGACAGACAGAGGAUGGUGGCAGAGAUGGCGAGUUGCGGAGAGGCUUGGCACCUGGAGGAAGGAGACGGGGAUAUUCCUGCACUUGAGAACAAAGAGAACCUGCCAGAAAGUGACAGCAGCACCUCAGAAAACACGGGGACGUCCACUGAGGAGAGCUCAGACGAGGAGGAUGAAGAGGGUGAAGAGGACCAUGAGGCUUCUGGCUUUGAUGAGAAGGAUGGAGGAAAGAAAGAAAAUAAAGAGGAUGAUGCAGAGGAGACUAAAAAUGAUUCAGUCCCUGGACCCGAUGCAGAUUUUUCAAAUUUGAAAGUUCUGACAGAAGAGAAUCACUUCAAAGUGUGCUGUGGAAAAUGCAAAGCCGUCCAGCUGAGCCACGGAAAUGAGCUUGUUACCCCGCAGAGGAUCUCUAAGGGACGAUUACAGGUGCAGCUUGAAGGGGAGGGCACGUACCAGUGUUCAGUCACUGGUCUGGUGUUUGAAGCGUCGGAGCGGGUCCUGUUGCGCUACUCGGUCUUGUCCUGGUCCAAGUUCGGGGCCUUCCUGCGGGACUCCUGGAAAUUUGCUGGACCCAUCUUCAACGUGGACACGGUCAAUAAGGAGGCGUCUGUCCUCACGUCCAUUCAGUUCCCUCACUCCAUCUGCCUGGCCGAUCCCGAAAAUGAGAUGAGGUUCAGUGUCCUGCACAUAAAAGAUAACCGUCCGCUCAUCGAGCCGACGGUGGACCACUCGGAAAGCCACGUGAAGUGGAACCUGACGUCCCUUUCCCCCGUGGGUCCCAUCAUUCAGACGAGCCAAUCCGUCGAGCACCACGGCCUGGUGCUGCUCUACCGGCAGCUGUGCAGCGACAACAGCCGCAACAACAACAACAACUACAGCUUCCACAUCUACCUGGCCACCAACAGCUCGUCUGACAUCAAGGAUAUCAGCAAACAGAUGCGGCGCUACAAGAAUCGCUACCUCCCGAUAGAGAAGCCUCCCACCUGUAACCUGGGCGAGGGGACGUAUCGUCUCCUGAGCGAGCCAGAGGGAGAUAUCAAACCUCAGGAUUUGAAAUUCACCCUUGCGAUGACCACGAUCAAAGGCUACUUUGAAGCUUUCUUUGAGCAGCCUCCUCCCUUUAAAUUGUCUCUCAUAGAGACCACCACUGAGGAGACGGUGUGGUCCGGCACCAUCAGAGAAGGUGACUGUGUGCAUAACACAAAAAAGAAGCCCAGAAAAAGGACAAACAGCCGAAAGAGGCGCAGCAGCCCCUCGGAAGACGAGACAGCCUGUAAAAAGCCUUGGUGGCAGCACGAGCCAGAUGGCGUGAAAACAGGGACGGCCGCGGUCCAGGACAUGUCAGAGAAGCAGCUCCUGCAGGUGGCCAAGCGGCUCGGGAAGGAGUGGAAGCAGGUGGCCAUCUAUCUCGACUUGAACUCCAGGGAACUGGACGACAUCCAGGCAGCAGAGAAAGACGUGACCAUGCAGAAGCUGAAGAUGCUGGUGGAGUGGAAGAGCAGGAGGCGGGCGGGGGAGGCCACGGCGUUCCACCUGUGGAAAAGUGUGGAGGAACUGGAUAACUUGCCCAAUGAGGUCCAUCAAACACUGCAAGACAUGAUGGACAAUCAAGCAGCUAAGUGAAAAAGAUUUGCCUUCAAUGGACCGUUGGAUUUUUGUUACUUCAUCAUCAGGAAGAAAUAUCAAAGCUCAGGAAUGCAACAAAGCAGAGGAUGGAUAUGAACAGAACAUAAGCUCGUCCCAGUUUUUGUUGUUUUAAAAAAUAUUUCUGGAAAAGAAACUGAUAGUGUUUUUGUUUUGCUGCAUUUAAUGAAAAGGGACUCUUUCUUGAAUACAGAAUAGAAAAGCUGCACCUAAAGCGUCCCUUGUGUAGCCAGCAUUUGAUGCUUUGCAUGACUAGGUUAAAAAAUGAUCAAAUGAGGUCAUUGAGGUGUAUAUAGUAGCUAAUUAUAUAACCAGUAACAUAUGUAAAUGUAGGCAAUGCAGUGUUGAAACUGCAAAAAAGAACACUGAAUAGGUCUAACCUGUGUAUCUAAUUGUUUUUUAAAUGUUGUGUUUGUGGGACAUGCACAUACAUGUGACGGACAACUAUUUCAAACCUGUGUUCUGUUUUUCAGAGUCGUUUUGUCUGUGUGUUUUAUAUGACAACUGUAAAAAUAAAUGGGAUUGGAAGAGGCCAUUAAUUAUGUUUAACUUAACUUGAAUUAUGAAUCUAUUAUUGCCCUGAGACUGGAACACACAUCUUGUUCAGUAUGAUUGAUGUUUUUUUUAAAAAGAAGAAAAAUCGCAAGCAUUUGGAUGCAGGGUUGAAAAUCCUUCUCAAGCUGGCAACAGUCGUAUAUUUUUACGAGUCUUGUUUUUUAGGCUUAUUUCACAAAGACAAACUAUACCGUCAGCUGCCUGUGGAAACUUUUCAGUUAAAUUCUCUCAGCAUCCACAGCUUUGUUUCUAUUUUCAAAUGACACUUUCCAGACAUCUCAACACUAUUUUUAUUAUUAUUUUUUACAUCUUUAUUUAAAAGAAACCAUGUACAGUUAAAACAAAUGUCACCAUUUGAUGCACUGGACUACAUUUUUGGGAAAAUAUGCAUGAAUGGCAUCUGUAUUGUUGAAUAUUUGAGGGUCUUCCGUGUUGAUAUGAUGCAGGGAUGUUUACUUAAGAACAGGGUUACUUUCUUAAACAAUUCACCACCAAGAAUCGGACCCGUUCUUAUUUGCAGUUGUUUCUAUCAUGUCUGAGUCUCUCCAAAGAAUUGUAAUAAAGCAAAUGUUGACUGAA